GUGUAUCUGAACAUCUGUAUGAGUGUGUGUGUGUGUGUGUGUGUGUGUGGAUGGGUGAUGUGGAACAGUCCCUUUCCUACCCCAUAUUCGGAUGUUCUCUCCUCUUGUCUGCAGAUGCCUGUGAGCUCACACUGGACCCAAACACAGCAGGCAGAUGUCUCUCUCUCUCUGAGGGGAACAGAAAGGUGACACAUGUGAGUGAGCAGCAGCCGUAUCCUGACCACCCAGAGAGAUUUGACUCCCAGAAUCUGGUGCUGUGUAGAGAGGGUCAGUCUGGACGCUGCUACUGGGAGGCUGAGUGGAGUGGUGGUGAGGCUGAUAUAGCAGUGGCAUAUAAAAGCAUGAAGAGGAAAGGGGGGAGUUAUGACAGCUGGUUUGGAUGUAAUGACAAGUCCUGGAGUCUGGAAUGCUCUGGUAACAGUUACUCUGCCUUGCACAAUAAUAAGAAGACUGACAUACCUGUCCCCUCCUCCCGCUCCAGCAGAGUAGGAGUGUACCUGGACUGGCCAGCAGGCACUCUGUCCUUCUACAGCGUCUCCUCUGACACACUCACCCUCCUGCGCACGUUCCACUCCACAUUCACUGAGCCCCUCUAUCCUGGGUUUUAUGUUCGCUCCUCCUCAGUGUCCCUGUGCCAGAUCACAUGACCUCCUAAUCCUACAGGAUCACCAGAGUCUGCAGAAGAGUCACACCCUCCUGUUCAAAAACCAUUGUGUGAUGCUGUGAUGGAACAUAUUGAUAAUUAAUAUAUAAUUAUUGAGCCUAUUACAUGUUGAUAAACAUGUUACUAUGGAGACCAAGGUUAUUUAAGCAUCACUGUAUUCAUAGUUAAACUGUUCAAAAUAUGCUGGGGAAUAAAAUAGGGAAAUAGAGGUGAA